UUUUUAAUCUCUUCAUUUGUAUACUCACCACACAACUUACCCUCUUCCUUCCUUCCUUCACCCUCUAAUGGCGCUUCCAAGCUCACUCUCCUAUUCCACCAUCAAAUCCACGCCGCCGCAUCUCUCCGCCUUCAACCACCAACCUCUAACUCUCCCACCUACUUACCGGAGCACCACCACCACCAACCGUCGAUUCUCUAAGCUAACCUCCUUCCGAUGCUCGUCCUCCUCCUUCUCGGAGAAGCACCACAACAACGCCAACCCGCCGCCCAAAUCCGACGACCUCGUGGAGCUCCCUCUCUUCCCUCUCCCCCUCGUCCUCUUCCCGGGAGCAACCAUCCCGCUCCAGAUCUUCGAGUACCGCUACCGCGUCAUGAUGCAGACCCUCCUCCAAUCCGAUCUCCGAUUCGGCGUCGUCUACUCCGACGCCGUCUCAGGCUCCGCGGCGGGAGUCGGAUGCGUUGGGGAGAUCAUCAAGCACGAGCGCCUCGUCGACGAUCGGUUCUUCCUAAUCUGCAAGGGCCAGGAGCGGUUCCGCGUCACGGAUCUCGUCCGCACGAAGCCGUAUCUCGUCGCGAAGGUGACGUGGCUGGAGGAUCGGCCCUCCGGGGAGGAGAAUCUCGAGGAGCUGGCGAAUGAGGUGGAGGUGCUGAUGAAGGAGGUGAUUCGGUUGUCGAAUAGGUUGAACGGGAAGGCGGAGAAGGAGGCGCAGGAUCUGAGGAAGAAUCAGUUUCCGACGCCGUUCUCGUUCUUCGUUGGGAGCACGUUUGAAGGGGCGCCGAUGGAGCAGCAGGCGUUGCUGGAGCUGGAGGAUACGGCGGCGAGGUUGAAGAGAGAGAGGGAGACGCUGAGGAAUACGCUUAAUUACUUGACUGCAGCUUCUGCUGUGAAAGAUGUCUUCCCCUCGAGUUAGUUUCUUAUCCGGUACUACUGGUCUCUCUUCGGUGUUUGAAGUUUAUUGGAUACAACUAUAUUUGAUCAAUGUGUAAAGUUUCAUAGGUACUAGAUGGUGGAGUUGUUUGAUAGGAUCCUAUAGUUUGGGUUUAUCAAGAAAUGUGUUUUGCUUGAUUGCCUUUGCCUCUAUGAUCAAAAGCAUAUAGUCUAGUGAUGCAAGUUUAAGUUCUUAAUACCAAAUCGUUGCUUCUUG